UGUUUUGGGAGCAGUAUAUUAGUACAAUAUUUAAUUAAAAGUUGUUUGUUUUGUUUUUUUGACCGCUGUGAUAGUUAUGGUUAGCUCUAAACAUCACCAGGCAGCCUCGCCACUUCGACAUGAAGUUUGAAGGAGCAGCACUUUGUUGUUGUCAUGGCCGUUGGUGUUUCUUUUCCGUUUGGAGGAGCCGCUCAGUCACAGACGUUAUUUACUGAAAGACAACUCAAACACCGCCGACUGGUAACUUUAUUUCCCAGCGAUAACACACUGGGUUCAGACUGAGGCUCCCUGAAGCGGCUCGGCUACAAGUUUCCCUAUUGGACGGAGAGGAUCGCUCAGUCGUACGUCCAGGCGUUUAUGCAAAUCCGCUCUGCCCGAAUAUGGACACGGAGGAAUGAAAUAUGGUGGAGGAGGCGAACAUGGAGGACCGAGGACCGUGAGAGUACAGCGAUAGUUUUUUGGGGGCGAAAAAAGUGGAUGUAUCUCAAGCGGGACUGCUUCGGGUGCGAACCACGGUGGAGUUUUUGUGUCGUUUUUGCGCCCACAAGUGCGUUGAGGGAGAGUUUGUAAUGCUGUGAAGAGCAACUUUUCGGGGGGAAAAAAGGGCAGGGGGGUCCGGCUACAGCCCCCUCACCAUCCCGACGCUAUGCCGUGGGUCAGCAGCGGUAAGCGGCGAGAGAGCUCGGAGCUGCCGCUGCCCGCGGGCUGGGAGGAAGCCCGGGAUUACGAUGGCAGAGUGUUUUUUAUCGACCACAACACCCGGCAAACUUCGUGGAUUGAUCCCAGAGAUAGGAUCACCAAGCCCCUGACGUUUGCUGACUGUGUUGGAGAUGAGCUGCCUCUUGGGUGGGAGGUGGUUUAUGACCAGCAGGUGGGAGUUUACUACAUCGACCACAUAAACAAGACGACCCAGAUCGAGAACCCGCGGACACAAUGGCGGCAGGAGCAGGAGCGCAUGCUGAAGGAGUACCUGGUUGUGGCCCAGGAGGCCCUCAACGCCAAGAAAGAGAUGUACCUGGUGAAGCAGCAGCGUCUGGAGCUGGCUCAGCAGGAGAUGUUGCUCUUCCACGAGCUCUCAGAGGAGGACAGCCGCUCCCUCACCAGCACACUCUCUGGCUCGUCCUCAAAUGCAAAAUAUGACCCCGACCAAAUCAAAGUGGAAAUAGCUUGUAGGCGAGAGCGGCUCUCCAGACUCAAACAGGAGCUGGCCCAGAUGAAGCAGGAGCUGCAGUAUAAGGAAAUGGGAGUGGAGACCCUGCAGGAGAUUGACAGGAAGAUGUCUUGCAGCCAGACAAACUACAAGCUGGACGAGGCUCAGGCCAUCUUCAAUGAGCUGCGUAGCAUCAAGAAGGCGAUCAGCACAGGAGAGAAGGAGAGGCAGGACCUCAUCCAGAGCCUGGCUAAGCUGACGGUGAACUUCCAAAGCAGCUUGUCUAUUAGCGACUCGGCGAACGAGGGGGCAAACAGCACUGGAACCGUGGGUGACUCGUGUAAUCUGCAGCAGUACUGUGACACUGGCUGUCAGACCGACAUCAUGGGAGAGUAUGGUUCCCAAGAUUCCUCACAGCUAGUGGACAAAGUUAAACUCAACUGGCAGUAUGAGGAAGCCAAGAAGAAGGUGCAGAGUAUACAGCACCAGCUAGCACAGCUGGACAGUGAGAGCUGGUCGGGUCGGGCCGAGGCAGACCGGGACCGGGACUUCAUGCAGCUCCUGCGUGAGAAGGAGGCGCUCCUGCAGGAGAUUAUCCUGGUCAGCAAGCAGCAGCACCCUGCAGAGACACUGCUGCAGCUGGAGGAGGCACGCAGGAGGCUGGAGGAGGAGGUGCAGAGGGCGCACAACUCCCAGAGCCAGGGAGCCAGUCAGAGGAUCCUGCAGCAGGAGAAAAGGAAUGUUCUCCUGAGACAGCUGGAGGAGGCGACACGCAUCACCACCUACCUUCACUCCCAGCUCAAGAGCCUGUCAGCCAGCUCUCUGACGGUGUCGUCCAGCAGCAGCCGUGGCUCGCUGGCCUCCAGUCGGGGCUCCCUGGCGUCCAGCCGUGGCUCCCUCAGCUCCAUCAGCUUCAGUGACAUCUACGGUCUGCCCCAGUAUGAACGUCACGAGGGGGCCGGGGAGCCCCACGACCCCCACUUGCGCUACCUACUGCCCCCAGAGGCCCUGUCCAGAGACUGUCCUGCUUUCAUCGCUGACCCCCUGACCCCGAGCAAAGCCAAACGCUCUCACGACACCCCGCAGUCCCUGGCCUCCCUCUCCUCCCGCUCCUCUCUGUCCUCCCUGUCACCACCCAGUUCUCCCAUGGACACACCCUACCACUCUGCCCCUCAGGACUGCCCUCUCACCCAGAUGACAGAGGAGUACAUGGAGCUGGCCGGCCGCGGACUCUUAGAGGGGCUGCGGGUGCAGUCGCAGCAGCCGUCACACACCACCUUGUCGAGUAGCGAGGAGGCAGGCAGCCCCGCCCCCGUGCAUCAGCUGGAGAACAAAAGUCACAGAGACAGCGGUGCUCCUCAGGGGGCUUUCACGUCCACAGGAGUGACUCUGAGGUGUAACAGUGCCAACAGAAGUGGCAGGAGGGCGAGGAGAGUGUCUGCAGGCGUGUCAGAGGACGCUCUGGCCACAGACAGCGGGGUCUUUGAGGCCUGGGGCAGAAGGGCGGAGGAGUCAGAGGAGAUGGCAUAUAUGAAAGAGCUGACGUCCGUGAGCGAGCCUACCCAGAUUCAACUUGGAUUAUUGUGGGACUCCAGCUCUCAGUCUCUCCUGCUACAUCUGCUACAGCUUAAGAAUUUAAACAAGUCCAUUGUGAAAGAUGGCUACAAAGUGUAUGUGAAGGUGCACUUGAUUCCACUGGACGCCGGCAGGGCCUGUGCGUUUUACUGUUGUAAGGCGCUGGAGCCACAACUGCAGAUGAGUUUCAAUGAAGGCUUCCGCAUUCCUGUCCCAGCAAACGCCCUGGCGGUGUGCGCUCUACAGCUGUCCAUCUGCUCGCUGGGACCUCAGGCUCAAGAGGAACUGCUGGGGACAGCCCAGGUGAGCCUGGCAGACUGUGAGGGAAGUACAGAGAUGGUUUUUCGUUGGUUGCGAGUGCAGAUGUUGAGCGGGACAGAGUUGUCGAGGCCGGAGCAUAAGAGCCUGAGCCACCGAAGACAACAUGACAGCCAGGAAGAGGAGCAAAGACCCAGAGCCACGGACACCUUGUGCACCAUGCUGUCACGCACCACCACCACCCACCUGGAAGAGGCGAGCGCGGAGCUGGAGAAGAAGGAGGAGCCAGGGGAGGCCGUAUCUGAGAGGAGUUGGCAGGCUGAGUCAGUGGACAGCGGCUGCAGCAACAGCACGGCAUUUGCAACCCCAUGUUUAGAGGGUCUGUGUGCAGAGGGCAUCUGCAUCACCACUGGAGGGCGCUGUGAUCAGCCAAGCAGCAAAACCUCCACACUGAAGGUGGAGAAGGCCACCAUGACAGAGGGCAUGUUCCCAGAGCCGGUGCGGGUUCGGCCCAAGGAGAGGGGCGGUCGCUGGGGUCACGCCUCACCGUUCAUGCGCAGCAGCACCAUCGUUCGCUCUCAGACCUUCUCCCCUGGCGCUCGCAGUCAGUAUGUAUGCAGGUUAUAUCGCAGUGACAGUGACAGCUCGACGUUACCAAAGAAAUCCCCCUUUGUCCGAAAUACGUUGGAAAGAAGAACGUUGCGAUACAAGCAGCAGUCGUACAGGUCCUCCCUGGCUGAACAGCCGACACGUACCUCCCUGGAUCUGGAGCUGGAUCUCCAGGCCUGCAGGACACGUCAGAGGCAGCUGACAGAGGAGCUGAGCACCCUGAGGGAGCUGAAGCUGCGCCUGGAGGAGCCACAGGCCAGGGAGGCCACCGAGCUUCCCCACUGGGCCCUGAGGGACGAGCGCUUCCGCUGCCUGCUCAGAGAGGCCCAGAGACAGGCCAACCAAACCAAGCAGGAGCAGCGUCAGGAGGAGGCAGCAGAGAGGAGGCUGAGGAAGGCUUCUAAAGAGGUUCUGCAGAUGAGAGGACAGAGCCAGAAGGAGCCCCUGCCUGUACAGACCUUCAGAGAGAAGAUGGCUUUUUUCACAAGACCAAGGUUCAACAUACCUCCUUUGCCAGCUGACGAUGUAUGAGAGCUUGCCUCUGUAUUAUGUGAUUAAAUAUGAAGUAUUUGUCAAGUUUUGUAAACUCAUGAAGUACAAAGCGUAGUUAUUUCUGCAUAGGACACAGGCAAUGACAUGCAGAUUUUGAAGAUUAGAAGGUUUCACAUUUUCAGAAGUGUUUGUGUGGCUAAUAUUAUGAACAUAAACAUGUACACACAAGACACUCUUGUUGACAACAGCACGGCUGUUCAUUUCCUUUUUGGGGAAGAGGCCUUUCAUAAGAAAACAGUAUCUCUUUACUCCUGUAUGAGUUAUUUCUGUUGUUUGUGCUUACAAAAGGCUGGAAGACGGGAACAAAGUCAGUUUGAACAAAAUUCACUGUACUGUAACUUAUUUUAUAGUACUUUUCCUUGAAGGAAAUUAAAACGCUUCCUGCUUUUAAGUGUAUUUUGUAGCUUUGAACAAAUAGCACUUCAGUGUUUUUACAUACAGUAAAAUGGAACUAUUGUCUGAUUUUGUUUCUGAUACCUAAUUCUUAAGAGUUAUUUACAUAAAAAUGUCACUUUGUAAUCCACUUUUAUUACAGAUGUCAUUGUCCUUUUGUUAUGUUAUUAAAAUUAAAAUUAUUUCAUGUACUUUUCAAUAUAUGGAUGAAUAUAUGAAACACUGUAUUCAGAUUUUUUAUGAUGUCUGUAUGAACAUCUGCAGUGUUACCUCUUGUGAAGAUAAAACCAUUAAACGUCUUGAUGCUCUAGGG